UUUCAGCCGGUGUCUGUGUUACGCGGCCGCUUAAUGAUAUUUAAUUACCGGCGUUGUCAAAGUGCCAGUUCGGCAUUUUUAUUUCGACACAGUACAUGCUUCUUCUCUGCAAUUAUUUAAUCCUCAACGUAGCCAAUUUUGACAGCCUUAUUAUAAUAAUAAUUUAUUCUAAUAAUUUCUUGGUUAUAUAUUUAUUUCGGCUGUUAAUUUAAUAUUUUUAAAUUAUUAUGGAUCAAUUACGCGGACCGGUGGAUCGUCUGAGUUUCGCGCUGUACCGUAUAGCCGCCGAUUAUUUGGAGGACGCGGAGGGCCCCGAUAAGAACUUCGUGGUGGGGUCCUUCGCGGCGGCUUCCGCGGCCGGUCUGAUUUACGUGGGAUCCGGCGGGAAGACGCUGGAUAGACUUCACCGCAUUCUGCAUUUUGACCGGCUGUUCGACCAGCGCUGCACACCGGAACUCAUCACUAUCGCCUUCCGCCAGGCGGUGGCUUAUCUCACCAAACGCCCCGAUCAGCAUUUCCCGCUAAGGGAGGACUGGAAGCAAUCGGAUUUCCAGCUCGUCCUGGCCCAUCGCGCCUUCUUCCGGCAGGGCCUGCAGAUCCGCAGCCAGUUCCAGACGGCCUCGCGCGCCUUCAACCUGGGGAUUGCCGAGAUCGAGGCGCUCUCUAGUACCGGCACCGGCACUACCGAUCUGGAAGCGCUGCGCCGCGACAUUAACGACUGGGUGGAGCGCAACACCGGCGGCCACUUCCGGGAGGCUCUCCAGCGGCUGGAAUUAGCCGGGCAGCGCGACGCCCUGACCCACAUGUUCCUCCUGAGCGUGACCUCCCUCCGCGGGCGGUGGGCGGAAGUCUUCUCCCGUCACGAAACCAAGACCGGCGUCUUCCACAAUUAUCAAGGCAAAAAACAGACGACGCGUUUUCUCUGCGCCCCGGAUAUCCACCUGCCGUGCGGCGUGGACAACCGCAGCUCGUAUAAAUAUUUAGAAAUACCGUAUGCCAACAACGAGGCGUCGCUGUGUAUUGUCCUACCGCUGGAGCAUCGCGGCUACCGCCCCACGCUGCUGGAACUGAUGCGCGAGUGGAAGUUUCAGAGUUUUAAGCAGAUGAGCGUGCAGAAACAUAUGCGCCGGGUCAAUUUGAAGCUGCCGGUGUUCGCCAUUGAGAACACGUUCGAUCUGAAGGAUUUCUUCACGAAAGUCGGCGUGGAGAAAGAGGGGGAUGCGGAUUAUUCCAAUAUGCUAGAGGAACCGGUGGAGGAUUUCCGUCUGACCGGUGCUUUCCAUAAAUGCUCAUUUAGUAUCGAUGAACAGGGAUCCAACGCCGAGCACUUCGAAGAGUCAGACGCAGCACGGCGGCACGAGGAUACCGUCUCAGUGAGCGGCUCGGUGGCGGCGUCCCUGAGCAAGGCCAAGUUGGCGCCCCGGGACAUCCAGGACUUCCACGUGACGCACCCCUUCAUGUUCUUCGUACGGCACAAUCUCAGCGGCGUGGUGCUGUUCAUCGGGCGCGUCCUGGACCUGUCCCCGCCCCCGACCACCCUGCAGCUGACGGCGGACGGGCAGCCGCGCAAGGCUUCGCAGAUACCGCUGUUCCGUAAGGGCGCCGCGCAGCUAUCGCGGCAGUGGAUGCUCCGAGAGGAAAACCGAGAAGCCAGGAAACGGACGACGACGUUCUAACUGUAACCUGGCGCUGCUGUGUGCUUCCCUGUAGGAUAGUCACAGAAAUGACAGAAUAAUGAUACACAAUACAGAGUGUUAUGGCUACGGCAGGUUUUAGUGAAUUCCGGCGGAAACAGGUAGUUUCUCUGUACUCAGACGCACUUUUUUCUGCGAUUCAACGAGUUUUCGCUCAGUUGUGCCUGUUGUUUGUGUUGAUAUCAGAAUGCUGUUUAACAAAGCUUGGAA